AUGUCACAAUUGUACAUGAGGAUACUGGCUGUUUUUCUCUGCAUACAAUGUAAGUUUUGCUGCGGUUUUGUAUUGUUUCGUAUGAGGUGAUCUUUGUUUUGCACUAGAGCUGAAAAUUUUCAAAACUUCGUACAGUGGCGGACCUGAUCCUGUGGCAAAAAAAAGUACCUUUUUGUAUCCGGGAAGUAUCAAAAAUGUGGCAAAAUGCUUCCAUCGCCAAGUGAAAAAGCUUCUCAUAAAAAGAACUUUUCAAAACCGAGUUUUUUUUAUUUGGAGAGGGAGGCAUUUUGCCACAUUUUUGACACUUCUCGGAUGCAAAAUGAUACGUUUUUUGCCACUGGAUCAGGUCCCUCACUGUAUAUGAAAAAAGCUGAUUUUUUUCCAAUUUUUAUGGUGUGAAAAUCUUGGCGAUUUUCCCUUAGUAUAACAUUCUCAUGCACCUUACAAAAAGCAAUAGAAUUCUCCAUCUAAAUAUGUAUAAUAAGUGCCAAGUUGCAUGAUAUUAUAAUUCAAGUGCUGUACUUUCAACAGUCCCCGUAUAAUCUUCAAAAUUCCCCUGGGGUUUUACAAAUUGUUUUAAGUAGAGGACUUUGGUAAAUUCUUGGGAAUUACGGAGAAAGUGCGUAAUCAAAAGCGUGUUGGGAUGGCCAAAGGAGAAGUUCAAGCAGUGAUAUGCUUAUGAAGGGUUUUCUUAUCAGUCUGUCGGGAAAAUAAUACGGACAAUGUCGGGUUGCUGAAUUUAAAAAAAACAAUUUGAUUUUGAAGCGAUGCAACUCAUUUGUGAUGCAAUUUUUUGUGCGACAGUGUGCGAAAAGCUGAUAAAAAAGCUUUUUUUACAUACCCUUCCGGGUUAGAUUAGACAUGGCUCAGGGGCCGGGCCGGGCCAAAAAUUGCUGCCCGGCAAAUGAUAUGAUUUUUUUUGCAUGAUGUUAGACUGUCCUAGGAUGUUUCUAUGCCGAAUUUAGAGGUUCUAGGCCCCGCGGUUCCCGAGAUACGGGGUGGAAAGAAAAUUUUGUCAACCAGUAUAGGUUAGAUCGAUAGGUAAAUUUUGAUCCCCGUAUUUUGCCUUUUAUCCUCUCUCCUUGCCCACAUUUUACACAUAUUUUUUACUUUCUCAAAUCCCAACAAAAAUUCUGUUAUAAAUAUCAGUCUGUCGGGAAAAUAAUGACCAAGAUUGACGCAUCGAAAAUCACAUCACAAAUGAAUCGCAUCGCUUCAAAAUCAAAUUGCUUUUUUUAACUUCAGCAAUACAAUUGGUGUAGCGAAAUUGUGCUCAUUAUUUUCCCGACAUACUCACAGAAGAAGCCUGAUUAAACAUGUCACUUCUUGAGCCUCCCCAUCAUGUUUUUCAUUACGCACUUUCCCCAUAAUUCCCAAGAAUUUACCGUGUCUCCGAUUCACGCCACAAAAACUUCCUCCCUCCGCGAUAAGCUCCCCAAAAUACUAAUUCAUUAACGUAAUGACACGCCAAAACACCGUCUCUGAACCUUGUUUUGACCGCCAAAUUCACACUUUUUCCGGAUUCUCACGGAGUCCGAGUGUAGUUGGAGCGGGGCUUACGAUGUUUUUGACGACAAUCAUCAACCUGAUGGGCCUGUGUAAAGGUUAAUUUUAGAAGAGUUCGAAAAAGCGGAUUAAUUUAGAUUAUGGAGGAGUUCCCGGGGUUUUCUGGAAAUUUGUAGGGUAAUCAUUUCGUGGAGGCGAAAUUUGAGCAAAUCAAGUCAAAAAAUUCACCUUGUAGAGUCGAUCAAAGGAUUUACCGUUUGAAUUCUUUUUUUUGUUAGAGAAUUUCAAGCUAUUUUUCAACUCAAAAUGCUCAAAAUUCCGACAAAAAAUCAUCAUUUUUUCAAUCAAAAUGCCUAAAGCUAUUGUUGAAAAUUAUUGUCAUCACAUUUUUUCACUGUAUUUUUACAUAUACCUUAACAUUUUUUUGCAAUUACCUUGUCUCCUCCUUCUAAUCCACCAUCCGCUCCUUGCCCUUUCCAGCUUACGCCCUCAAUAAAAAAAUCCAAAAUUACUGACGUCCUCGUUGACAUUAGCCUCCAAAAUUCGAGUAACAAGUCGGUGAGAGAUUAGUAAACAUAUAUAGAUAAGGUUGUAUCCUCUCCGGAAUCACGUUCCCGUUUAAUUUUCGUUCCAAUUUAAACCUUUUUUUAGUGAAAUAGCCCAUAAUCCGAUGACCGUUUCCGCGUAAUCGGCGGAUUAGAGCUACGGUACUUCCGCUGGGAGAUCUUCGCCUACCGUAGAGCAGGAUGUGGGGAAAUUUUGGGCACAAUAAGUGAGGCUUAUUUUGUUGAUAAAAGCAAAAUUUUGCAUUGCGAAAAGAGCCUUUGAAUAGGGAGUGUUUACCGUGGGAUUGACGGGGAAGCGACGCUUGGAUUUGCAUCAUAACAGGCUUAUUGCUUGCUGAUAAAUUCUCAGCUCUCUUUUCCGCCUGCAAAUUGGUGAAAUUUUAAAACCACAUUUUCCAGCCGGCCAUGGAAAAUGUGGCUUUAAGUAUACGCCUGAUUUUGACAAGAAUAAAAAUAAACUUGUAUUUGUAGCUUCGCCUGCUGGCCAUGCAAAAGACAGCUUGCAAAAUUACCCUUUAAAAUACAGUGGGGGACCUGAUCCAGUGGAAAAAAACGUACUAUUUUACAUCCGGGAAGUAUCAAAAAUGUGGCAAAAUGCCUCCAUUUCCAAGUGAAAAAACUCAGAUUUGAAGGGCGCGCCCACUCUUUUUGUGAGGGAAGCCCUUCAAAACAAAGGCUUUUCACUUGGAGAGGGAAGCAUUUUGCCACAUUUUUGAUGCUUCCCGGAUGCAAAAUUGAAGGUUUUUUGCCUUUCUGCUUGCAAAUUGGUGAAAUUUUAAAGCCACAUUUCCUAACCGGCCAUUGAGAAUGUGGCUUUAAGUUUACGCCUGAUUUUGACAGGAAUAAAAAUAAACUUGUAUUUGUAGCUUUGCCUUCUUGCCAUGCAGAAGGCAACUUGCAAAAUUACCCUUUAAAAUAUAGUAUUUCAUAAAAAAAAUUUCAAUUUCGUCCAUAAAUUUACUAAAGGUUCUGCCAUUCACAGCCAAAAUAAAAUUGUUGAACCCACCUGCUCAUUGAAGCCGGAUUAGACUAUAGUCUCCAGUUAUUUCGCUCUUAUAUUAUGUGUAUUCUAUCUCCAUUCCUAAUCCAUCCAAAUUUCAGUAGCCACAUCCAUCACCUAUUACGAUGUGUAUCGGCGGAUGCGCUCGCACGAGAAGAAGAAUGCGGGCGGAGAGCAGGAACUUUCGCCGGAAUGGGAGCAGUAUAUCAGUCGGAUGAGCAUUAAGCAGAUCGACGACGCCAUUGAAAGGCUAAAGCCGUACGCGGAGAAGUUCCGGAAGACCAAGGGAGUUGGAGAGCGACCGAAUUUGUCGAGAUAUUACCCAUGGAUCAUCCCGUUUUGA